CUUAUUGCAAAUUGUUGCUCUCUUGUGCAUGUUUAAAUAGGCACAAACUUUUCCAAGCAGAACAGAGCAGAGGGUCUUGCAUUGCAUUGAAUUGCACCAGUCCUCUGCAUCACCUGCAAAACUGAGAGAUUUUAAUUUCCAAGAAUUUGAGCAGAGAAAGUGCAUAAAACCAGCAAGGAAAUUAAAAGAAGAAAAAAAAUGGAAGGAAUAGAGAAAGCCAAAGGGUCUUCAACAGAAAUCUACCAUAGCUUGAGCAGAAGAAGAAGCAGAAGCAGAAGCAGGGGGGUGAGCAUGGAGGAUGUGUUUUUAAGCACCACGCCCUCUCGACGAAACAUUCGAAUAGAUGAAGACGAAGAAGCUCUGAUAUGGGCAGCCAUUGAGAAAUUGCCAACAUAUAAUCGGUUAAGAACAAGCAUCAUCAAGUCCUUCGUCGAAACCGAUGAUGAUGAUGCUCAAGGAAAUAAGACCAACAAAGUCAUACAUAAGGAAGUGGACGUUCUGAAGCUCAACAUAACCGACCGUCAAACAUUUAUUGAUACCACUUUUAAGGUUGCAGAAGAAGAUAAUGAGAGGUUCUUGAAAAUGAUCAGAAGUAGAAUUGAUAAGGUUGGGAUCAAACUUCCCACAGUGGAAGUUAGGUUUGAGCAUUUGACAGUGGAAGCCAAUUGCCAUAUUGGCACCAGAGCUAUUCCCACCCUCCCAAAUGUGACUCGGAACAUCGCAGAAUCAACUCUUGGUUUAAUAGGGAUCAAAGUGGCUAAGAGAACAAAUCUAACAAUUCUCAAGGAUGCCUCUGGCAUUAUAAAACCAUCAAGGAUGACCCUUCUAUUAGGCCCCCCGUCUUCAGGGAAAACAACCCUUUUGCUGGCAUUAGCUGGGAAGUUGGACCCAAGCUUGAAGGUUAGUGGAGAAAUCACUUACAAUGGAUAUAGGCUGAAUGAAUUUGUGCCACAGAAGACAUCUGCAUAUAUUAGCCAAAAUGAUGUUCAUAUGGGAGAAUUGACAGUCAAAGAAACCCUAGACUUUUCGGCAAGGUGCCAAGGGGUUGGGACGCGAUAUGAACUUCUUUCUGAGCUUGCUAGAAGAGAAAAGGAGGCUGGAAUAUUUCCAGAGCCAGAAGUAGACCUUUUCAUGAAGGCUACUUCAAUGGGAGGAGUUGAGAGCAGUCUCAUUACUGACUAUACUCUCAGAAUGUUGGGGCUUGAUAUGUGCAAGGAUACCCUUGUAGGAGAUCAGAUGAAGAGAGGGAUAUCUGGUGGGCAAAGAAAACGAGUUACCACAGGUGAGAUGAUUGUCGGGCCUACAAAAACAUUGUUCAUGGAUGAGAUAUCAACGGGUCUUGAUAGCUCCACGACACAUCAAAUAGUUAAGUGCUUGCAGCAAAUCGUACACAUUACCGAGGCCACAAUCUUGAUGUCCCUACUCCAACCUGCUCCUGAGACGUUUGAUCUCUUUGAUGAUAUCAUCCUCUUAUCAGAGGGCAAGAUCAUCUACCAGGGGCCACGUGAGCACGUAUUGGAGUUCUUUGAGAGCUGUGGAUUUCGAUGCCCCGAGAGAAAAGGAACUGCUGAUUUCCUGCAAGAGGUUACCUCAAGGAAAGACCAAGAGCAAUAUUGGGGGGACAGAAGCAAGCCAUACCAAUACAUAUCCGUCACUGAAUUCGCAAACCGAUUCAAGCGAUUCCAUGUCGGCAUGUGUCUCGAGACUGAGCUCUCAAUCCCUUUCAAUAAGGCCCAAGGCCAUGGAGCAGCCCUUGUGGUCAAAAGAUAUUCAUUACCAAGAAUGGAACUUCUGAAGGCCUGUUUUGACAAGGAAUGGCUACUUAUAAAGAGGAACUCUUUUGUUUACAUUUUCAAGCAGGUCCAAAGUAUUAUAGCAGCAUUUGUAGUCGCGACCCUAUUCUUGAGGACGCAAAUGCACACUAGAAAUGAAGAUGAUGGUGCACUAUAUAUUGGUGCACUUUUGUUUUCCAUAAUCCAUAACAUGUUCAGUGGUUAUGCUGAGCUCACAUUGGUCAUUGAAAGACUCCCUGUAUUUUACAAGCAUAGAGACCUUCUUUUCCACCCUGCUUGGGCUUUCACUCUCCCAUCUGUCCUACUCCGGAUUCCUAUAACCCUUUUUGAAUCCACUGUUUGGGUGGGCAUUACAUAUUACACCAUCGGAUUUGCACCUGAAGCCAGCAGGUUUUUCCAGCAACUAUUGCUGGUAUUUCUGCUGCAACAAAUGGCUACAGGGAUGUUUUGGCUUAUUGCUGGAGUCUGCAGGACCAUGAUCAUCGCCAACACCGGCGGGUCUCUCAUUCUGCUCUUUGUUUUCAUGCUUGGGGGUUUCAUAAUUCCUCGAGGUGAAAUUCCGAAGUGGUGGCGGUGGGGCUACUGGGUUUCACCUAUGACAUAUUGUUUCAAUGCUAUUACUGUAAAAGAAAUGUUUGCUCCGAGGUGGAUGAACAAAAUGGCUUCAGAUAAUGUUACCACAUUGGGUGUAGCAGUGCUUGAGAUAUUUGAUGUUUUCCCAGACAAAAACUGGUUUUGGAUUGGCUCUGCAGCUGUUCUGGGGUUUGCAGUUCUGUUCAACAUCCUUUACACACUCACACUUACGUACCUAAAUCCUCUUGGAAAGCCACAAGCCAUAAUAUAUGAAGAAGUAGCAGAGGAAAUAGAAGCAGACCAAUCAAAGGAAGAACCAAGACUUAGAAGACCCAAAUCAAAGAAAGAUUCAUUUUCUCAAUCAUUAACUUCUUCUGAUGGAAACAAUUUAAGAGAAAUGGAAAUCCAGCGGAUGAGCAGUCGAUCUAAUGCCAAUGGACUAAGUAGAAAUGCUGAUUCAACUCUUGAAGUACCCAAUGGUGUUGCCCCCAAGAGAGGAAUGGUUCUUCCUUUCACUCCCCUUGCAAUGUCCUUUGAUAGUGUAAAUUACUUUGUGGACAUGCCCCCGGAAAUGAAGGAAGAAGGAGUAAAAGAGGACAGGCUUCAGCUACUUUGUGAAGUAACUGGUGCAUUUAGGCCCGGGGUCUUGACAGCUCUAAUGGGAGUCAGCGGGGCUGGGAAGACAACUUUGAUGGAUGUCUUAGCAGGAAGAAAGACAGGUGGCUACAUUGAAGGCGAUAUUAGAAUUUCUGGCUUUCCUAAGAAACAAGAAACUUUUGCAAGAAUUUCUGGUUACUGUGAACAAAAUGAUAUCCAUUCACCGCAAGUCACUGUCAAAGAAUCUUUGAUUUACUCAGCUUUCCUUAGGCUACCUAAAGAAGUCACCAAAGAGGAAAAGAUGACUUUUUUAGAAGAAGUGAUGGAAUUGGUCGAGCUAGACAAUCUAAAGGAUGCUUUAGUGGGGAUUCCAGGAAUUACAGGGUUGUCAACUGAACAAAGAAAGAGGUUAACAAUUGCAGUUGAGCUUGUUGCCAAUCCCUCAAUCAUUUUCAUGGAUGAACCAACAUCAGGUCUUGAUGCAAGGGCAGCUGCCAUUGUUAUGAGGGCUGUUAGAAAUACCGUGGACACCGGGAGAACAGUUGUCUGCACAAUUCAUCAGCCUAGCAUAGAUAUCUUCGAGGCCUUUGAUGAGCUGCUACUCAUGAAGAGAGGAGGACAAGUGAUCUACUCAGGACCAUUGGGCCGCAAUUCUCACAAGAUCAUCAAAUAUUUUGAGGCAGUUCCUGGAGUGCCAAAAAUUAAAGAGAGGUAUAAUCCAGCCACAUGGAUGCUAGAGGUGAGCUCAGUAGCGACUGAAUUCCGACUUGGAAUUGACUUUGCACAACACUUCAAAUCAUCUUCCUUGCAUCAGAGAAACAAAGCUUUAAUAAAGGAGUUAAGCACACCACCACCAGGAGCAAAAGACCUCUAUUUUCGUACUCAAUAUUCUCAGUCAACAUGGGAGCAAUUCAAAUCUUGCCUGUGGAAGCAGUGGUGGACUUAUUGGAGAAGUCCUGAUUACAACCUUGUUAGGUUCUUUUUUACCUUGGUCGCUGCCCUCCUGCUUGGAUCUAUGUUCUGGAAGAUUGGCACUAAAAGGGAAAGCAUAGCUGAUCUCACCAUGAUUAUCGGGGCAAUGACUUCUGCUGUGCUUUUUAUUGGAGUUAAUAACUGCUCAACAGUGCAGCCAAUGGUCGCAAUUGAAAGAACGGUGUUCUAUCGAGAAAGAGCCGCUGGGAUGUACUCUGUAUUACCUUACGCACUGGCACAGGUCAUUGUUGAAAUACCGUAUGUGUUUGUUCAAACCGCAUAUUAUGUGCUGAUAGUGUAUGCUAUGGUGAGCUUUCAAUGGACAGCAGCAAAAUUCUUCUGGUUCUUCUUUGUCAGCUUCUUCACAUUCCUUUACUUCACAUACUACGGAAUGAUGACCGUCUCCAUCACACCAAACCACCAAGUAGCAGCCAUGGUGGCAUCAACUUUUUACUCAUUCUUCAACCUCUUCUCGGGUUUCUUCAUACCGAGACCCAAAAUACCCAAAUGGUGGAUUUGGUACUACUGGAUAUGCCCGGUUUCAUGGACUGUGUAUGGGUUGAUUGUGUCGCAGUAUGGUGAUAUGGAGGACACCAUUAAAGCACCUGGGAUUUCACCUGACCCCUCUGUGAAAUGGUAUGUAGAAAACCAUUUUGGAUAUGAUCCAAAUUUCAUGGGAUCUGUGGCAGCGGUUCUUGUUGGCUUCACAGUUUUCUUUGCCUUCAUGUUUGCUUUCUCCAUAAGGGCCCUCAACUUCCAAAUUAGAUAGAGGAAGUUCCUUGGUAUACACAAGUUAUACAUAUUACAAGAAGUUCGACAUGUAAGUAUAGGCAGUAAGAACGUAAGGAGACAGUUUUAUAAGCCUUGAAUUGUUAUCCCUUAGAACACUUCCACCCAUGGUGUCAUGGCAAAGGGUAAGGGCAAGUAAAGGCAGUCACUAUUUACUACUCUUUUUUAUUUUGCUUUUCCACUUAUUGUCAUGACAAGUAAAGGCAAGCACUAUUCACAUGAGAUAUGAGGAGAGAAAUUUGUA